ACAAUGUGUACUCAAUUUUAAGAGAGUUAUACUCACUGAAGAAUGCGACCGGCCCUACUGUCAAACCGCCUGCUGUAUAUCCUCAAGUUAUCCGGUCCAUCCGGUCCGACCGGCCUAAUCGUCCCCAAGUAGGCGUUGUAGGCUGGCGGCACGCACGCAAAGACCCUUCUCUCUCUCCCUCUUGUGUGUCGCGAUCUCGCGAUCGGAGGCGAUUGAGGAACCAGAGCGGAGAUUAGGAAACCCUAAUCCAGGCACAGAACUACAUGGCCACCGCAAUAGCAGGCCACAACGAAGACGACGAUAAGCACCGCCGCCUAUACAACCCUUACCAAGACCUCCAAGUCCCAAUCCAAACCCUCUACAAGCUCCCCACCUCCCCGGAGUUCCUCUUCCAGGAGGAGUCCGCCGCCCAACGCCGUUCCUGGGGCGAAAACCUCACCUACUACACAGGUAUCGGCUAUCUCUCCGGGGCACUCGUGGGUGCCGGUAAGGGCCUCGCCGACGGCGUCAGUGCGGUUGAGCCCGGCGACACCUUGAAGCUCCGAAUCAAUCGGAUCCUCAACUCGUCGGGCCACUCGGGUAGGAUGUUCGGCAAUCGGGCAGGGGUGAUCGGGUUGCUUUAUGCUGGGUUGGAGAGCGGGAUUGUUGCCGUGAGAGACACUGACGAUGUGGUGAAUAGUGUGGUGGCGGGGCUGGGGACCGGCGUGUUGUAUAAGGCUGCGGCCGGGCCGAGGUCGGCAGCUGUGGCAGGUGCGAUCGGAGGGUUGAUGGUGGGUGCGGCUUUGGCGGGGAAGCAGGUGUUUAAGAGAUACGUCCCGAUAUAGGGUUUGUACGCACGUCUUUGUCUUGUUACAAUUACAAUUUUGAUCUGUUGAGAUAUGAGACUCUGUAUUUUUAUGUUUUAAGUAUGCCAUCAUUUCGUUAAAUCCAUUGAAUUAUGCGGCAUGGAAGGUGCAUGCUUUGAUAAACUUAUGCCAUUUGCUAAUUGCUUAUUGUAAUUUUUAGAUCAAUUGUUAUGAAUAAUUGCUGGGAGGUGGACUUGUGAAUAAAAUGAUUCUAGUUCACGUUGUUGCCUUCGAAUUAA